GCUAAUGUGCACCAGGGCAUUGCUCAUAUUUUCCAAGCAUUACCAUGGUGCACCUAUUGUUUCGUCAGCUUCCCAGCACAGUGUGUUUUGAUCAAAACAUGGUGCCCUUGCAGGGGGGCCUCCGUCUGUAGUUUCAUUGCUGACAGUGCCAGUACUGGAUGCUCACAAGAAAGUAUGAGAGAACCUGUAGUCAUCAUUACAUAACAGGAUCCCCAAAGGGGAAGUGUUUUUCUAAUCCUGUCAGCUAGUGGUUGUAUUUUAUAAAGCAAAAGGAUUUAGCUCCACUAUAACUGUUUAUACAAAUAUUUAAUCCUUUUCACAAUCCCACUAAUCCCAUGAACACAGUUAUCUCUUGUAGCAUUGAACUCCAGUGUUACAUCUGGAUUCUGUAAGGAAAUCUGUCCUUUUAUUGGUUUUAGUGUAGCGUUCACAUGAUCAUCUUCUGGGCAUCAGGUAGUUAUUUGUCAGAGCCAAUAGUGAUUCUUCCCCUCUGUUUGGCACUAGUGAAGCCACAUCUAGAGUACUGUGUCCAGUUUUGGGCCCUCCACUACAUAAAGGAUGUGGACAAAUUAGAGAGAGUCCAGCAGAGAGCAACAUAAAUGGUUAGGGGCUGAGGUGCAUGACUUCUGAGGAAAGGCUGGGGGAACUGGACUUAUUUUGUCUGAUGGAGAGAAGACUGAGAGGAGAUUUAAUAGCAGCCUUCAAAUACCUGACGGGUGGUUCCAAAGAGGAUGGCGCUAAACUGUUCUCAGUGGUGGCAGAUAACAGAACAAGGAGAAACAGUCUCAAGUUGUGGCAGGAAGUUUAGUUUAGAUAUUAGGACAUUUUUUCUCAUGAGAAGUUUAGUAAAACACUGGAACAAGUUACCCAGAGAGGUUGUGGAAUCUCCAUCCUUGGAGGUUUUUAAGACCCAGCUAGACAGAGUCUUGGCUGGGAUGAUCUAGUUGGGGAUGGUCCUGCUUUGAGCAGGGUGUUGGACUAGAUGACCUCCUGAGGUCCCUUCCAGCCCUCAUUUUCUAUGAUUCUAAGUGGCAUUCACCAGCUGAGGUGAUAGCUGUUCCAACUGGCUGGGAAUUUCCUCUGCAUUGUCUGUAAACAUGCUGUUUUGACGUGUGCUUGUUGAAGGGUGCCAUCAGAUGUCAUAGAGUAGCUGUUCAGAUAGUAUGUCAAGUCAAGGUCAUAUGCAGUGAUUGGCCUGUAACACUGCCCAAAUUGUAUUCCUAACUUAAAUUGUUUUAUUACUGACAACAUAUGGAAUGUCGCUUAAAUAUGACUGUGUGUGAAACUGGCUAUGUAAUGUGACAUGCAACAUCCCAAAAUGUUAUAUUCUUUCCAUAUAAGUCACUGUGACUAUGGUAGAGAGCAAGACUGAGUACAUGGAGAAUUGGAUUGUUGUCAUCCCAUACAGAGAUUAAUUGUUUCUGAAUGUGUUAUACUGACCACCUGGGCUGUACAGAAUGGUAUGAUACUGCUUUUAUUAUUAAGAUGUGUUUCUGUUGCUUCUUUCUCCAUAUUCAUGAUACUGAUGCAUGGAAACUGUUUCUUAAUAGUUGUGCUCAGACCUGUCUCCCAUAUUUCCCUAGAGGUGGGUGGAAGUUUUGGUAAUGUUUGCCCUGUACUCCUAUUGAGUGCAAUUCACAUGCAGAUUAGCUGAGACUGUAGUUUUGUAGCAUAGGACCUAUAGUUUAGGGUGAUUUUCAGCCUCCCUGUUCUGAUCCCUCUCUCUCCCUUUUUACAUAGGUCCUGGGACAUAAAUGGGGUCCAUUAUUGCAACAGUUUUGCUGCUUCACUGAGUAAGAAAGGCUGGACAACCUACCUGAGUCUUUAGAUAUCUUGGUCUUUUUUCUGUUAUGUUUCUUUAGGCCACACUAACACUGUGAGGAACAUAUGUAUGUACAGUUCAUGAAUCCACUUUGAGACUGGAGACUCUGUGUCAGACUGCAAAUUCUGUUUUGAAUGAGGGCACAUUUGCCUUCCCUGCUGUAUUGAGAUAAGAACAGGACCUGAUGAGCACAAUUGCUGUGAGUUAAUAUAGUGAAAGGUAGUUUAGCACUAAUAGUAGUCCCUUCACAUGGAAAAUUUGUGGACAAAGGGCUGACUACUGCCUGCAUAAACUAAUUUUCCAAGUCUGAACUGGGGGAAGAAUCAAGGGGAUAACUAAGCAAUGGACCAUCUGGUGGGGAACUUUUGUUUAUGUGAUGAAGCUGAUACGGAGUGGGAGGGUCAGUGGUUAAGGGGUUAUAGAAUAUUCUCUUUCUGGCCUUUUCAAGGGUAAAUGGAAAGAAACCUAGUAUGGAGAACAGAAUCCAAGCCCCAAAGGGAAAGGAGGGUAUUCUGGACAACAUCAUAGAGCAGUCCAACUGCAGUCCAAGAACUUUCAGUUUUGGUGAGAAAGUUAGGCAGGGAAUGGUGUACAGAAGUAUUGUGGGUUUUUUUAGAUCUUAUUGAUUUCUGGGAUCUUAACAAAACUGAUUUGCUUCCACUAUUGCACAUUCCUGAUCUGUAAACCCAGGGAGCCCACAGGUUGCAGCUGCUAAAGGGUGUGCUACAGUGGCGUAAGGAUUCAGCACUGGGUCACUAGGCUGCAACCUGAUAACAGAAAGGCUGUACUCUGGAAGUCUGCUAGGGAGGCUAAAGAAAGAGCCAGUGCUGGAGCUUACUUGAAAUCAAGGAGACAGAGCAUCUAGGUCUAGGUAGGAGCAAAACACAGCAGCCUGGUGAAUGUCUGGUUGGGGCAGACAGCCAGGGCUCUGAUUUUCUGAUUAUUUCAUGAUUCCCCCGUAAUGGCUCACAUGGAUCCAAAUAGGAGUCACAGGGGCAUAUCACAUGUUAAGGAAUUAGACUCAGAGGGUGAGAAGCAAUUUAAGUAGUUAAUUUUUGUGGGUAAUAAAAUCCCUAUUUCUUUCUUGUUAUUUCUAUUAUGAUAGUGCUUAAAGGCUUCAACCUAGAUUGGGGAUUCUUUUGUGCUAAAUGCCCUAUGUACACGUCAGGAGACUUGAAGGGAUCACAGUUUAAACAGACCAAGCCAGAUGGAGUUACUAUUAUUAUCCACAUCCUACAGUUGACAAAGCUGGCACAGAGAUGUAGGAAUUUGCACCAGGCCAUACAAGUAGCCUAUAGCUCAGUGUUUUGCAUCCCCUGGAUUAGGGGUCAGGCUGCUCUAUGUAUGUAUGGGUGUGUAACAAGAGACAACAAACGGAUAGAGGCGGACAGGAGCACAAUAGAAACUCCUUGCAUGUAAGCAAGUGCUUGUUGGUCCAUUAAAGAGAGUAAAAACAGAAAUACCCAUUUUUAUAAGCCUGUUAGAUUUUAUCUGUAUUCAAACAUGAGGCAUCUUCUAGACCAAAUUAAUUUUCAGGCACUUUUUUCUUAAUUAGUUUAGGUCUGAAGGAAAAAGUUAUUUUGUUUCACAACGAAACUAAUAUUUUAAUAUUACAUAAGUACUUUUUGGCUGUGUGUCAUUCUUUAUGCUUUAUUAGGAAUAUGGAAUUAUACAAUUUAUACACAAAACAGUUUAUUUUAUCUAGUUUCCAGAGAUCAUAUUUUUUUAAACUUAACAUAAGGCAGGGAGUUUUCAGUUGAGGAUUAAUCUGGUUAGAAUCUAGACUCUCCUGUGGAGGAAACCUGCAGAUUGAUGUUUGCAUUUGGUUUAAAUUAAUCAAAGGUGUAAUGCACACAAUAACUUCAAGUUUACACUUCUGACAAUUGGAGGAUAUUCUCUCAUAUCGGAGGAAGUCUCCAAGGCUAAUAGCUACAAUACCCGGAGGGUUACCUUGUGACUUCACAUCGUUACAAGAAUAGAAUAUUCUCUGUGUCCUUUUUAAAGUUCAAGCCCUGCUUGCAGUACUUGCAUGAAUAGCCCAAUUGAAGUCAUGUGUAUAAAUCAAAGAACAGAAUCAUAAGUGAAACAAUCAGGAUUUUACCCUGAAGUCUAUUGACUUAAGACUAGUUUUUUAUUACAGUAACUGCAUAAAUUCUUGUAUGUGAAUAUUAAAAAAACAAAAACAAACAAGAUAAAACCAACCUCCAAAAUAAUUAAAGGGUUUCAAAACAUGGCUUACCAUGUACAUACUCAUUAUGGUUAGUGGUAGAAUGAUGUUGUAGCCAUGUUGGUCCACAGAUUAUGAGGCAAGGAUUUUUUGGGGGUGCUAUCUUUUAUUGGCCCAGCAUCUGUAUUGCUGGGAUAAGGUUAGACAAGCUUUUGAAGGCAAAGCAUUCUUCAGGUCAGAAAAGAGGAAUGCUUUGCUUUCAAAAAUGUGUAUUGAAUCAGUCUAUAAAUGUAGAAUUUGAAACUGUUUCAAGUUCUCUUUCUUUUAACUUUUUCCAAGUCUCUGAAGAGCUUACAUCAUAGGUUAAGUCUGCUGUUCAUGCCUAAGCAUGUCUGCUCUUGCUCAUGCUUAACAGUGAAUGCUGCGGCAAUUGACCAAUUCCCUUCCUUGGGUUUCGCUUGUCAACAAACAUGUCAUUUAAAAAGGUGGUAACAUUCUGCUCCUCUCGCUUCCCUAUUCUGCAAUCGGGAUUGACAGUCAUGUACACAUGUAAACAUCAUCCAGGUAACUAAGAAACUCGGAGUAUUUAAGCAGGUGUGACUCGAGACUGUUUCUCCUUCCCUAUUAGAGGGGUGCCACGCAGGUUGGCCUGUGGUAUUACUGAGCUGCUCAAGAAAGAUUUGUAAAAGUGCCACCAUGUGUUUUGGCAAGUGUGCUAAGUGCAUUGGAUACAAGCUGCUCAUUUUUGCCGUGUUUUGCAUUGUGGCAAACAUUUUGCUUUACUUUCCUAAUGGUGAAACAAGGUAUGCUUCAGAAUAUCGUCUUAGCAAGUACACACGGUGCCUCCAUGGCAUUGUAGGAGGAGGCCUCCUGAUAUUCAUCCCUGCUGCUGUGUUCAUUAGCCUAGAACAUGAGAACUGCUGCGGGUGUGGCGGCCAUGAGAACUGUGGGAAAAGCUGCGCCAUGCUGUCCUCUGUUCUGGCGGCCUUCAUUGGAAUCCUUGGUUCUGGAUACUGUAUCAUCAUUUCAGCUCUGGGUUUAUCACAUGGGCCUUACUGCUUGUCCAGCACAGAAAAUACCUGGGUCUAUCCUUUCCAUAACUCCUCUGGAGAGUACCUCCUGGAGCAGAACAGGUGGUCUGAGUGCCAGGAGCCACGAAACAUUGUUGGAUGGAAUGUGACCCUCUUUUCCAUUCUUCUGUUCCUGGGGGGAAUUGAGUUCAUUCUGUGUUCCAUCCAAGUAAUCAAUGGCUUUAUCGGUGGAGUAUACAAGAUGUGCUGCCAUCAUGACGAGAAGUAUGUUUGCUAGGAUGUCCACACGGGAAAAUGGAGUGAAAUCACUGUAAUAUGUUUUGUAAAACAUUGCUAUUUUGUAUUGUACAUAAUGUUAUGUAUUGUUGUCAAGCUGCACUGCCAAUAUUAAUUUAAGAGAUGCCAGGCCAGGUUCUGUUCAUUGGAAUCCUACAUGUGACUCUAAGAACUCAACAGUAGUGUCUCUGCGCCUGAAGGCAGAGUUUGGCCUACUGAAUUUCUCUGUAUGAAUAAAUAUAUACCUUGUUACCAGGAAUCCUGGUUUUCCCUGCUAAAAAAAAAAUCACAAAUUCUCUGAUUAAAAAAAAAUCACAAAUUCUCUGAUUAAAACCCCCCAAAUCUGCAAUUAAAAUGAAACCCCACUAUAUCUAUAAGUAUCAAUUAAACACAAUAUUUUAUUGAUAUAUUUACAAUUUUAAAGAAAUUUGGAAGCUUAUUAGUGCCUCAGUCACUAUAGUAAAAUAAAUUUUAAGUACCUAUA